GUCGUUGAAGCACUUUUCUUCGCCGUGCUACAUCUGGUAGUGGUAUCCGUCAGCGGCCAUAUGUAAUAUAAUCUCAUUCAUUCGUGUACAGACGCACGUUGCUUGUCUUUGUUGACUCAAAACUAAGGGUUUAGGGUGGAAAGUUGCGUAUUUCUCUCGGUUCCGUCACUCUUUUGGACGUUAAUCAGUUUAUGCCUCGGUGACUGUCCGCUGACAGUGAUACGAUGAUCGAGCGACCAGAGACUGCGGUUCCCAGCAUCGCUCAGCGGAACCUGGAGGGCUAUGUGGGCUUUGCCAAUCUCCCCAACCAGGUGUAUCGGAAAUCGGUCAAAAGAGGAUUCGAGUUUACGUUAAUGGUUGUAGGUGAAUCUGGUCUUGGGAAGUCAACACUCAUCAACUCUCUGUUCCUGACUGACCUGUACUCCAAGGACUACCCUGGGCCAUCCCAGCGCAUCAAGAAGACCGUGCAGGUGGAGCAGUCCAAAGUGCUGAUUAAGGAAGGAGGAGUCCAGCUGACACUCACCAUUGUCGAUACUCCAGGGUUUGGAGAUGCAGUGGACAAUAGCAACUGCUGGCAGCCAGUCAUUAACUACAUCGACAGUAAGUGCGAGGACUUCCUGAAUGCAGAAUCGAGGGUGAAUCGCAGAUCCAUGCCAGACAACAGAGUCCACUGCUGCCUAUAUUUCAUUGCGCCCUCUGGACACGGUCUGAAGCCGUUGGACAUCGAGUUCAUGAAGAGACUCCAUGACAAAGUCAACGUCAUCCCUCUUAUUGCGAAAGCUGACACUCUGACCCCAGAGGAGUGCCAGCUUUUUAAAAAACAGAUAAUGAAAGAGAUACAGGAGCACAAAAUCAAAAUUUAUGAAUUCCCAGACACGGAGGAUGAUGAAGACAACAAGCUCAUCCGGAAGAUCAAGGAGAAGAUGCCACUGGCAGUGGUCGGCAGCAACGUGGUUAUCGAGGUGAACGGCAAGAAGGUCAGAGGUCGCCAGUAUCCAUGGGGUGUGGCAGAAGAGGGCAUUUUUGUGGAGAACGGGGAACACUGCGACUUCACUGUCCUACGUAACAUGUUGAUCAGGACCCAUAUGCAGGAUUUAAAGGAUGUCACCAAUAAUGUCCAUUACGAGAAUUACCGCAGUAAGAAACUGGCUGCAGUCACCUGUAAUGGCGUGGACACUACCAAGACCAAGGGACAGCUCACUAAGAGUCCCCUGGCACAAAUGGAAGAAGAACGCCGUGAGCAUGUUAUGAAGAUGAAAAAGAUGGAGGCAGAAAUGGAGCAGGUCUUUGAAAUGAAGGUCAAAGAGAAGAAGCAGAAACUGAAGGAUUCAGAGGCCGAGCUGGAGCGACGCCACGAACAGAUGAAAAGAAACUUGGAGGCGCAGUACAAAGAGCUGGAGGAAAAGAGACGAGUGUUCGAGGAUGAGAAGGCCAAUUGGGAGGCUCAGCAGAGAAUCCUCGAGCAGCAGAAACUGGACGCCUCCAAGACGAUGGAAAAGAACAAGAAGAAAGGAAAAAUCUUUUGAAGAGACGUGACCUGUUCCUUCAGUUUGACACAAACUCAUUUUUCUUCAUCCCCUCCGAAGUUCACAUGUACCGUGGCCCUCCGAACAUUUACACACAUAAACAGAUAUAACACUCAGCACAUUCCACAACAUUCUUCUGUGUUACAUUUAACAUGCACCGCAUGUGACAUGGACCCCAUUUACACACACACACACACACACACACACACACACACACACACACACACACAGACGCAAAUACCCUCAGCAGCCCACAGGCUCGUCUCUCUGCAGGGUUUUACUGUAUCAUCUAUUGAAACCUUUUCAUUUUCAUGGGAAAUGCAUGUUUUUGUGAAAUUCUAUUUUCCUAUAUUUCCUGACAAAGAGGAGAACCUCGAGUUCCUCUGAACUACAGCACGGAGUUAACACAUGGCAGGGACCAUGCAUAGCCAUUCGUACACAUGUAGAAGUUGUAUGUUCUCUAGAUAUUCCAUAGAUCUGCAGAUAGACGUACUGUCCCUCUCCUCAACGCUCUUUCUUUUAUUGUUUUAAAAAACAAGUAUAUACACAUUAAAACACUCAGUCAUAGAGACCUCACUGAGAGUGUGUUAAGAGACAGGAGUGUGUACGUGACUGAAGGUAACAGAAUAAGUUGGCAGCUGAGGAGGGAGACGUCAGGAGGAAUUAAGGCCCGGUCACACCAGAAAGUGGCACAGCAAAAUUAAUCAGUGAGACUUUGCGAUGUUUAGGGUUUUACAAGCUUGAUGCUGUAACUGUUGAGCUGACCGCUAACUUGCUAGCCAGCCGCUAACAUGCCAGCGUUAUGUAGUCGCGGUAGCUUUUUGAACUUCUAAUUUCUUUCAAUGGGAUGUUAACUCCCCCAGUUUACUCCUCAGUAGAUGUAGAUAUGAAUAUGUCUUUUGAAUAAAUUACAAUAUUUUUGCUCACAGAACUUAUUAUCCUGUUAAGGCUCAAACACACAAAAUCGACAUCAAAGAAUUAGCAGCGACAGAAGCCGACUGCUGCGUCUCCCGAACACGCCACAAAGACUACAGCAAACGGCCAACUAGCACGGACGUUCUGCGCCAACGUGAGAGGAAAAAACUCUCCAUAACAGCAAGCAGUAGUAGUCUGUACUGGUCAUUAAAAAAGGGAAACUGGAAGAUGAACAGGUCGGUUUCAGAUGUUAUUUAGCCAGUUAAAGCACUAACAACACAUCACGAUGUGGACAAAGCAAAUGAAAUUUCCUGUUUGUUAGCAACCAAUAACACAAACGAUUAGGAACCAUUUCUGCUGAAGAGCUCAAUAACAAAAACAAAAAUCUUACCUGAUAUAACAAGCUUGUUUCCACCUUACUCGCUCUUGACUUCAGCUAUUUGUUUCUUUUCCUCACUUCCGUUUCUGUUCUUAUGCGCUGAGCUAAACUGCCGAUCAGAGUGAUUUCAUUCGCUGGCAGACUCCGCUCUCUCAGUUGACGAUCAACCGAAAACAAACCGACAAGGGCGACUAUUUCCAAGGGUGUGGGACAAACCACACAAACCAGGGCGACAUACGUUCACCAACAACCCAACAUCGACCAUCAACUUUGCGUUUCAUGGCCCUUAGAAAAACAUAUUCCUUUAUUCCAAAAAAAUGUAUUUGUACCUUUGAUUCCUGUCUGCAAAGCAUUCCUUUGUGGAGCAGUUAAAACGCCAACAGACGAGUUUAAAUACAUGUAUUUAGCUAAGCAAUGAUAGCUUCCUCUGUUUUGGAUUCUGUUCCCUCAAAGUUCAGUGAUGUCAAGACAGCUUGCUAAUGGUCAACAGCAAAUUCCCCCUUUAAAGUUCACUAAACUCAAAGCAAAAACACAACUUUGCAAGCCAGUUCACUGAUCAAAAUAUUGGUGUGAGCGGGCCUUCAGACAGGACUCACGGUGGUGUGUGCGUAUGAGCAGGUGUGUUUGUAUUAGCGCUAUGUUUGACAUCAUAGACACUGUCUGAUCUGAAUCAGACGGUCAGAAGAAGGGAGAUCCGAACAAAUUAUUGUCAUUACAGUGUGUGUUUCCUAUUUAAACAGAGGACAUUAUGCAAAAGCCUCAUUGGUGUCUCCAGCUCUACAGGUUACAGUGAUUACAAAGAUGUUUUUAUAUCGUGAUGUAAGUGAUGGAUGUCGUCAUUGAUCUGAGCCCCGAUGUCCAGCUUUUUUGUGAUAUUCUCUCUUUGUGUCAAACGACCAGAGGGACAAUUGAUCAAAUAUUCUUUAAAUCUUCUUUUGUCCCUGGACUCCUCAGAAAGAUAACUGUUUGUUUGGAGAAGUUUGCCGGUUGAGCCAUAGUUUGUCUCCGUUUUUACUUUUAGAGAUUAAACAUAACCGCUUCCUCACACAACAAAACACAACCCCCCUGCUAGGCUGUAAAGUUCAGGUCAGAGUCAGAAAGCAGUGUGCUCUGACGAACCUUUAAUAUACCUUUCCAAGAGUUUCCAUGUUUUAUUUUCAUAUGACAAUGAUGAUAUUAAUACUUCUAUAUGUAAGGUUGAAGAACAACUCCUUUAAUCCCUUGUAGUUUUCUUAAAUGACUCAUAGAUUAAUCUGUUAUUUUAGUAUAGUUUUUCAGACUGCCAACAGUCUUCAUCCUGCAUUUAAAGCAGAUUGCUAAAGGGACGAACCUUACACCUUCAGCACAUAAAAUAUUACCUGUAUGGAUUUGUUGAUGAUGGAAAUGCUUAUAUUGUGUACAUAUGGAGGCUGCUCAGUGGCCUUUUUUUCUUUCUUUCUUUUUUCAGAAUAUUAUAUGCCAGGAAUAACAUCAGAACUUGUACUCAGAACACAACCUGCCGUAAAACUCGUCUUAACAUCCACAAAUACAUUUCCAUACAUUUAUACACGCACACACACAUAUACCGUAUACAUUUAUGCCAAUGAGUACACUUUCUCAGGACCGCGCUGUUAUGCUUUAUUUUCUCUUGAAGUCCAGAGAAAAGCAAUUCUGUGGUCCAACAAGUUUAAAAAGUGAAUACUUCUUUGAAAUGCUUGUGAACCACUCGCCCUUCCAAUAACACCAAGGUAAGACAGACAUAAGUUAAGGUGGAUUUUUUUUGUAAUAUUUUCUUUUUUUAUAUGUACACUGUUUUCUGCUUCUUUGUUUUAUGUGUUCUGCCUCUAACUGUACAUGGUUAAUAUUAAAGUUGACAAGUUUAUGCUUUAACUCCCAA